UCUAAAAAAUCAAGAUGAAACCCCAAAUUACGUUUACUGAUUUAAUUGUAAAUUCUUGAGGCCACUUUGGGUUAUGGAGACGGCAAAUUUUGCCAUAAAUAGCAUAUAGCCGAUCGAAGGCUUGGCUUCGAUUUCACCAUCCAUUCAUCCAUGAACAAUGAUGGCAACAAAACAAAACAAAAAGAAACUGCUCCAUCUCAUCACCGUUCAUUUCGCAUCUUAAUUCUUAACCCUCUUGCAGCCGAACUCCCACUUGCUUCUACUAGCUACCAAUUACCAAACAACAGCACAUUUCCUUCUGCCAGUCGAUAGCCGUAUGCAUAGAACUACUCAAACGUUAUAGACAAUCUCAUCUCAGAGUACUUCCAUGGAUGUAAGUAUCGCAGCUAGCAGCAGCAGCAACAACAACAACAAUAACAAUGCCUCUUGUAAGUAGGCAAAGCUUCCUUGUCCAGAUGAAGUCCCGCCUUAUGAGCAGCUGUUGCGUGAACCACAAGCUUAUUCGUGAGAAGGACAAAGCUCUCCUUGCUUCUCAGACAUAUUUCAGUGAAGAUGAAGUUGAGGCUUUGUUUGAGCUGUUCAGGAAAUUAAGCAGUUCUUUGGUGGAUGAUGGGCUUAUAAGCAAAGAAGAGUUCCAGCUGGGUUUGUUUGGGAACAGUAGGAAGCAGACCCUCCUUGCUAACAGGCUCUUCCAACUAUUUGAUUCCAAGAGGGAUGGAGCAAUAGACUUUCAGGAGUUUGUGAGAGCUUUGAGUGUCUUCCACCCCAAAGCAGCUCAAACAGAGAAAGCUGCUUUUUCAUUCCAACUCUAUGACAUCUGGGAAACCGGCUUCAUUCAACGCAAAGAGGUCAAGGAGCUGUUUUUGGCACUUCUGGAUGAGUCUGACUUGAUUCUCACAGAUGAAACUGUUGAAGCCAUUGUUGAUAAGACAUUCAAUGAGGCGGACUCGAAAGGUGAUGGAAAGAUCGAUGAAGAGGAAUGGGAGCACUUCACAACUCAGUACCCAUCACUACUGCAGAGUGUAACACUUCCAUAUUUAUUGGAUGUCAGAACAGUAUAUCCGAGUUUCACAACAGUCUGAUAUUGAUGAUGACACACAAGUAUAAUUUCACCAAAUUCAAAAAGGUUUGAUUUUUUUUAUUCAGA